GCCAUUCAUCAAGCAUUCCUCAUUCUCGUUGCUGCUGCUGCUGCUGCAUUGCUUCUGGCCACCCCAGUAGUCCACCUCCACGUCCGGCUCCGAUUCCAUAACUCCGCACUGCCACUCUGCCACGGCGCUGUACUUAAUUCCAUUCCUGUCCUGUCCUGUCCUGUCCUGCCCUGCCCUGUCCUGCGGUUUGACUAAUAAUCGCCUUGCCCGCCCCCAAUUGCAUAAGCCGCUGCUUCGGGCAAUUCUGCCGCCUUCCACGCUCAACCUUCGCUGCCUACUGCUUUCUGACGAUAUAACGGUGGCAACGCCUUAGGCUCGUCCCAGAGCCCACCCACAGUUGGCUCUGCCACUCUAUUUCCCCCCAAAACCAUUGUUGCUCCUCAGCCUGCUGCCCUCGCUCCCCCCCCCUUCAAAUACCGCUACCGCCGCCGGGGGCAUUCGCUUCUAGUCAAAGCACAAACCUUCUGACCACACUACGCAAUGGCAAACUCGCCUCAUAAGACACCCCCAACUGCCCGCCUCACCGUCUCUUCCCUCCUCUCCCCCCCAGAGAUGAAGCGAUCAGGGUCGUUUGGCUCGUCAAUUGCCUCUGCCUCUACUCAAUCGCCCGCAACCUCGUUCAAUUCAGUCCAAUUGAAGCCCAUGACAAACGCCUCCCUCAGCGCCUGCCAGGCAGCAACUCACCGCAUCGCCUACGUCUCCCCCCCAAUCUCGCCAUACGACUCCCACUCCCAAAAGGACACCAUGGACGUUGUCGCUGAACCCGGCACACGCGAUCCUCAGCUCUUCGUCGCCCAGGACGCUGCCCUCUCCGUCGCCGACAUACCGCUCUUCCCCCAGGACUCAGCUGCCUCUUCAGCAGAGUCAGCCUCGCAAGACGCCAUCACCCACCACAUGCAGUCGCACGACUACGCACGCCUGCACUCCAAGCCCUCACGCGCCGAUUACGAAUUGGCCGUUUCAUUCCGCUCAAACGUCUUUGCUUCGGCCACCAAGAAUCCCCGACACUGGUGGGCUCAGGAGCGUCGUUUCGACGACUACUACGGUCGCCCGACCGGUGUCCAAAAGCGCACCGCUCUCAAGAAGCUCGCUCCCGCACCAUCCGUUAGAGCCCGCCAGCCAAAGGUCGCUCUUCCCCGGAUACCUCCCCGUACUCCUCGCGCUCCAAAGGCCAAGCGCAGCCCCCUUGCACAGGUCUACGAGUCAUUUGACCCUGCACCCAAGCCCGCAUCUGUCUCGGUCUCUCCCAAGCCUGCGCGACCCGCCACGAACCGUGACGACUCCGACUACAAUGCCAUCCCAGACUACUCGCCACCUCUCGACACCCUGCCCAAGGGCAACUCCAAGAUUCUCAAGGCCGAGUGGAAGGGCCAGGCCCUCUCGCUUGCCGAUGAUCCCGAUCGCGACCUGCUGCACGAGGCUGAACUUAACCUUGCAGGCACCCUGCGCCUCAACUGUGCCACCUAUCUCACCAGCAAGCGUCGCAUCUUCCAGGCUCGCAUUGAAGCAUUGAGAAUUGGCAAGGAGUUCCGCAAGACCGACGCCCAGCAGGCCUGCAAAAUUGACGUCAACAAGGCCAGUAAACUGUGGCAGUCGUACGACCGCGUCGGCUGGUUUAACCCAGACUACUUCCGUCAAUAUCUUUAAGAGUCUUUACUACAAUUCUCGCCACACACACACACACACACACACACACACACACACACACAAAGUCACGGUACUUUUCUAUUAUUAUCCGCCUCCUUCGAUGGAGAGCUUUUUGUUUCCACGAUGCCCCAAUUUGCGCAUAGCAUCGUUAUGGCCCCAGCUGCAUGAGUCGGUUCUCCUUCCGAGUUGAUUGACGCGACAGUUGUCGCUCUCGGCAUGAUUUUACGAAUGGCGUUUUCCAUCCCUGUCUCUUUUCAAGGGUCUUUGUUUGUUGGCAUGGGUAGGCGUUUGGGACUGGCCGCCGUCCUCCCUUUGGCGUUUGUGUCCUUGCUCUUCCUUCCUGUUGUUGUGACUCGUCAUCUUCUUUGUCUACGGCAUGCGAUACCCCCCAGCUCACACGAAUUGAUACUCUACAGAUCUCUUCAGAGGCUCUUGACGCCGCACAUGCAGGCUUUCCUUUUUGGUAGUAUUAGACCAGAAUACAAUUACUUGUUA